GAGCACGUACCGUUCAAACUCACUCGAAGUCUUCGCAUUUUGGUGCCCUUAGUUUAGUUUCUUAGUUAUAGCUGACUUGAUUAAUCAUAUCUGGAUCAAGCUUUUAUCGAAAGGUCUACUAGUUCUCUCAAAACGUUAUUGAGCAAUUGUGUGCGUUUGACGGCGGACGAUUUAAAUUGAAAUACGAUAAAUUAUGGUUAGAAAUGUAAAAAAUUUGCUAUUGGACCUUAUAUCUCUUUGUGCUUUAUCAUUUCUGGCCUAUCAAGAUUGGAGUAUAUCGGAAAGUAUGAAGGCAGAAAUUAAUCAUCUCUGGUGCUAAACGGUGUGGAUUCAUUAUAUUUUCAUAUUCUUGUUCAUAAGUUGUUCUGUUUUGUUAUUUGCUGGGAUGUUUAUAAUAAAUCUCGAACGAUAAGCGAGCGUAUGGUUUCUUUAAUCAAUAUGAUGCGUAUAUUGUGCGCGUGUGUGUUUGUGUUAAUGAAAAUAAUGAAGUUAAGAGAGAAUAGAAAUUUUUAGAAAUUUAUUAUUUACCUUCGAGUCUUCUAUAAUGCAUUUCCACAUUUCAUUCGGCUACAGAACAGAUAUAUGCAAGAAAAACUUUAAACAAAAAUAUGUUCGUUACGGUACCUGUGUAUAGACGAGCAAUGUCGGAAGAAGCAACAAAUGGUAAAUUUUCAUCUUCACCAUCACCGCAACUGACUCAGUCGGCGCCUAAUGUUGAAAUGGCUCAGAUGACUUUAAAUGAGUCAUCGAAAAUAACAUUUCUGGAUCAAUUUAGGGCCUUUUCGAAAUUUGGUGAUACGAAAUCGGACGGCAAACAUAUAACACUCUCGCAAAGCGAUAAAUGGAUGAAACAGGCUAAAGUGAUUGACAAAAAGAUCACUACCACCGAUACUGGUAUACAUUUUAAAAAAUUCAAAGCUUUAAAGAUAUCGUACGGUGAUUACAACAAAUUCUUGGACGAUUUAGCUAAAACGAAGAAAGUCGAUUUGGAAGAAAUUAAAAAGAAAAUGAUCAAUUGCGGCUCACCGGGAGUGACACAAGUAACGGCCGGCAAAGCUGCUUCCGCUGUUGAACGUUUAACGGAUACUAGCAAAUAUACGGGCACCCAUAAAGAACGUUUCGACGCCAGUGGUAAAGGAAAAGGUAUAGCUGGCCGUAAGAAUAUCGUUGAUGAAUCCGGCUAUGUUACCGGAUACCAAAAUAAGGAUACUUAUCCGGCCGCACACUAAUUAAUUAAUUAAUGUUUUCUAUUUGUCUUCACACAGAUUAACAGAUCUAAGAUUUAAAAAAAAAAAAAAAAAAAAAA